GUACUUAUAUCGUUUUGCUAAAGUAUCGAAUGAGACGCUGCUUCCAACAAAUGUAAGAAAAAUAAACAAAAAGGAAAAUAUUUAGGAGCAUGCAAAUGAAUCCGAACAUUACAAUUGAAAGAAAACGCGUUGAUUGCAACGCACUACCAAAGGGCUGGCAGCGCGAAGAAGUGCAUAAGAAAUCUGGUUGCAACACGGGAGUUGAUGUGUUCUACUACAGCCCGACAGGCAAGCGAAUUGAGAGUAAACCACAAUUAGCACGCCAAUUGAAUACCGAAAUGUUUGACAUCAGCAAUUUUGAUUUUCAAACUGGCAAAAUGCAAACACAACGACAAAUGCCCUCGCCAUCCAUAUCGUUGUACCGCUGCAAUGCAGCGGGCGCCAUUAUCGGCAACGCUAGCCCAGGCGUAAACCCUGCUAAUGCUCUAAAGCGUAAAUAUAGCCGAGCUCAAACGCAAGGCUCCGCGUCCAACAUCAACAGUGGGGGAAUUGCAGCAUCGAUAACAGCAGUGCCAUCGAUAAUCGCAGCGACGGCAACUAAUUUACGCCAGCAGCAGCAACAGCAGCAGCAGCAACAACAACAACAGCAACAACAAUUUGAAUUCAGCCGCAAUUUGCGCACAGAUGUCUCCCUGGUGCCACCGAUUCGACAGACAGCUUCAAUUUUCAAACAGCCGGUGACGGUUAUCCGCAAUCAUGAGCCGAGCAAAGUGAAGCACGACGUCAAACACGGCGGGCAGGAGAAGCCAAAGCAGCUGUUCUGGGAGAAGCGCUUGGAGCGCUUGCGGGCCUGUCAUGAUAACGGUGAAGAGCUUGAAGAUAUAUCACUGCCAAAAACCAUACGCACCGUUGGCCCCAAUGUCAACGAACAGACCGUAUUGCAGUCGGUGGCCACAGCCUUGCACAUGCUCAAUGCCGGCGUACAUGGCCAGAGCUCGACAAAGGCAGAUCUAGCGAAGAACGCCAUGGCAUUCAUGAAUCCCGAACAGCCUCUAAUGCAUGCAGUAAUCAUCUCCGAAGACGAUAUUCGAAAGCAGGAGGAUCGCGUGGGAGUGGCACGAAAAAAACUCCAGGAUGCGCUCAAGACAUGAAUAUGCCAAUGGAGCGGGACCAUUCAUUUAGAGAUAUUCCAUUAUCGCUCAUAUACUAUAAUAACUAUAUAUAUAUUAUUUUCACCAAUUGUUUGAUUUCUGUCUAAAUUG